UCAACCACGCAAAUGCCGAUUCCCUUUGUGAACAAAUUAAGUUUGCGGAGGAUAGUACGUAGAUGCCCAGUGCUGCCCUGAGUAUAAAAGGCAUGCGCGCCCUGCACGGGGCAAGAAGCCAAGAACAGGGGCCGACUACGACUAGUCGACUGCACACAAGCACACACAACACAAAGUCAUGGUGACCGAGCAGUCGUCCGCAGCCUCAGGGCCAGGCCCAGCUUACAGCUACACCAUCGGCUACGCGCUGCCGCCCAGCAAGGUGGAGAGCGUGAUCCAGCCGUCCCUGGUGUCGCUCGCGGCGGAGCGCGGCAUGCGGCUGGUGGCCGUGGACGCGUUGCGGCCGCUGGCAGAGCAGGGCCCCUUGGACCUCCUCAUCCACAAGCGCUACGACAAGCCAUGGCGCGCCCAGCUGGAGGCGUUCUCCGCGCUCCACCCAUCCGUCCCCGUCGUCGACCCCCCCGCCGCCAUCCUCCGCCUCGUCGACCGCCUCGCCAUGCUCGACGUCGUCUCCGAGCUCCACCCCGUCGCCGUCAACAGCGCGGCCGGUGCCCCCGCAGCAGAGUACUGCUUGUCCGUCCCCAACCAGGUCGCCGUCCACGACGCGGCCGCCCUCGCCUCCUACGGCGCGGAUCAAGAAGACCAUCCGCUCGGCGCGCUCCGGUUCCCGCUGAUCGCCAAGCCGCUGGCGGUGGACGGGAGCGCCGGCUCGCACGCCAUGUCGCUGGUGUACCGCCGGGAGGGCCUCCGGGAAGUCCAGGCCCCCGUCGUGCUCCAGGAGUUCGUCAACCACGGCGGCGUGCUCUUCAAGGUCUACGUGGUGGGCGGCCGCGCCACCUGCGUCAGGCGCCGCAGCCUGCCGGACGUGCCCGCGGAGCGCCUCCUGGACCUCGGCCAGGACGCCUCCGUGCCCUUCGCCAACAUCUCCAACCUGCCGCCCACAGCCGACAGUACCGCUGCGCCUGGCGGAGGCGCCGACGACAAGGGGGGCCCGAUCUGCGGCGACAACGAUGUCGAGAUGCCGCCCGCCUGCUUCGUCGACGAGGUCUCGCGCGGGCUGCGGCGGGCGCUGGGGCUGAAUCUGUUCAACUUCGACUUGAUCCGGGCGACGGAGCUCGACGGAGAUGGCCGGCGGAGGUACUUCAUCAUCGACAUCAACUACUUCCCAGGGUACGCCAAGAUGCCGGGCUACGAGACUGCUCUCACGGAUUUCUUCUCCGAGAUGCUUCGCGCUAGGCCCCCCGUUGACGAUGCGCACCUUUGACACGCCUCCAGCAUAGGUUCCGUCGCAGCCCACGUGCCGGGCAUCGACUUGGUAGCAGAAACGGAGCCGGCGGCGCAAACUCGAGCCUAGAUUUCGAUGCUGGCUUUGGUGGACUUUGGAGUUUGGAGCCCAUGUUUGACCGAGCGAUCAAAAUGACGUUGCUGAUUAACAAGGUUCCAACUAAGACACCAUGGCGGCAUCUCAUAAUUCUUUCUCAAAUGUACUUUGUGCUUACCCCUUAUUCGCUUAUUCCCCAGUCAAAUCAACUUGUUGCUCAUAAUAAUUCAUUUAUCCUUUCAUUAGAUAUUUACUUGC